AUAUAGGCUUUUUUUGGCGCUCCGCAUACUGCCACUCUUCGAUUUUGCAAGCCGGUUGAAACUUUCGUCCUAUGGAACCUCAUUCAAAGAAAUCCAAGAUGACAAACAACCACAAGUUUAAGCAGAACAAGAAGAAGUACUUCCAGUCCUCCAAGAAGCAGUACCUGCAGGCGGGCCAGCGCGGAUUCUUCGCCACGUGCAACAUCAACGAGAAAGCAUGUGUUCGCGAGUGCUACAAUUUGUUGAACCACUACGCCGAUUUGCUCUACGGCCCGGAGAAGCACGAAGAAAACACUCAAAAGAAGCCGGACGAACAGGAAACAGCUGGGGGAGACGGAGACAAGCCCAAGAAACCCUCCAGCGAGGAAGAUGAUGAUUUGGAGGCAGCUGCCGCCAAGUGCCGCGAGUCCAUGGCGCCGCGCAAGGUGCGCUUCCAGAACGUGGACACCGGCACCAACAAUUGCGUGUUUAUUCGCACUCUGCUCGAUGAUCCGGUAACUCUGGGCAAGCACAUAGUCCAGGAUAUUGCCACUACCGGAAAGUCCAUGUCCCGAUUUGUGCUGCGCUUGGUUCCCAUCGAAGCUGUGUGCCGCGCCAACAUGUCGGACAUCAUCGAGGCGGCCGGAGCACUCUUCGAUAAGCACUUCCUGAAGGAGCCCACCAGCUAUGGGAUCAUCUUCAACCACCGCUACAACCAGAAGAUCAAACGCGAUCAGAUUAUCACUCAGUUGGCCGAGCUGGUGAACUCCAAGAACGUGGGAAACAAGGUGGAUCUGCAGAAGGCCCAGAAGUCGAUCAUAGUUGAGGUGCUGCGCGGAUGGUGCUUGCUCAGCGUCAUUGACAACUACCUCGAGUGCAAGAAGUUCAAUCUGGCCGAGCUGGCCAAUCCCAGUGAUAAGAAGUCGAACGGCGAGGGAGAUUCUAAGUCUGAGAAGUCCGCAGAGGAGGAUGUUAAGGAUGCAGGAGAUGCUAAGUCAACUGAGAAGUCUAGCGAGGAGGAGAAUGCGAAGUCGGAAGAGUCUUCGGAGGAAGAGAAGUCUAACGAAGCUGCCAAGGAAGACAAGGAGGCUUAGCAAGAGUCCAAAGAGCUUGACCUGACUACAAACAUAAAUAUAUAUCCACCCAUUAGAUAUAGAUAGACUUAUAACUGCCCAUUACCUGCUGUGCAGAAUGUGAAUAAACGUUGCAGCUCAAGAAUAGCUGUUUAUACUUUGUUAAUAA